AUGCGCCAUAACAUAGUCAUUCUUCGAAACUCCGUCGGAGUGGGUGGUGGAGCAAAAUUCCCUCAGAAAUACAAGAUCAAUGAUAAACAGCCUAUAUUCACCAUUUCAACAUUGAAAUACUUAAGGCUUGGCAAUAAUUCCCUCUCUAGCCUUCUCCCAUCAUAUUUAGGGAUUGGCCUUCCCAACUUGGAGAAUUUACUACUAGAUGAUAAUGAGAUAAUUGGACAAAUUCCAAACAGCAUAUCAAAUGCUUCUAAGCUCAUUAAGUUAAAUUUGUCAUUGAAUAAAUUAAAUGGAUCUAUACCCAAUGUCAUUGGAAAUUUAAAAAACUUGUUCGACUUAGCUUUGGAUGGGAAUGAUUUGACUGGGUUGAUUCCAGACAGAGUUAGCAACUUACAUAAACUUCAACGUUUAAGUCUCAGCAACAACAGAUUGCAGGGUUCCAUCAUAAAUGAACUUUGCCAACUCAAAAGUCUAAGUGAGUUGUAUCUUGCCAACAACAUGUUUUCGGGAGCAUUACCAGGAUGUCUCGGGAAUACUUCUUUGCGGAAGUUGAAUUUUAGCUCCAACAAAUUGAUGUUUCAUAUACCUUUUUCUUUCUGGAGUCUCAAAGAUAUCUUAAUUUUAGACAUAUCGUCCAAUGCAUUGAGUGGAUCAAUAUCGCCAGAGUUAUCAAACUUUAGAGCAAUUAUAUUGUUGAACUUGUCAAGAAACCAGAUUUCAGGAAGCAUCCCUACAACUAUGGGUGGCUUGCAAACCUUGAUAACUCUAUCUUUGGCUAACAACAAAUUACAAGGGUCUAUUCCUCAAUCAUUUAGUAGCAUGAUAAGCAUAGAGUCCAUGGACCUUUCCCAUAAUUAUUUAUCUGGUGUGAUUCCAAAGUCCUUAGAGUCAUUACUCAAUCUUAAAUACAUUAAUCUUUCUUACAAUUUGUUGGAUGGAGAAAUUCCAAAUGGUGGUCCUUUUCAAAAUUUUACCGCUCAAUCUUUUAUGAUGAAUAAAAAUCUUUGUGGGAAAUCCCAACUACAAGUCCAACCAUGUAGGAGAGGAAACAAACACAAAUCAAACAAAGUGAUGCUGGUGAUAAAAUGCUCAGUGCCUAUCAUGGUUGUCAUUUUGGUCGUUACAAGCAUUAUCUUUCUAAAGCAUAACAGAGACGAUUCUAACUAUGCAACCAAAAGGGAUUUAACAAAUUUGGAUGCACCAACUAGGAUAUCCUAUUAUGAGCUUUUACAGGGAACAAAUAGAUUUGAUGAAAGUAAUCUUCUUGGCUCUGGAAGUUUUGGAUCAGUAUAUAAAGCAAUUCUUCCAAAUGAAAAGAUAGUUGCUGUCAAAGUAUUUAACAUAGACAUGGAAGAAGCAUUGAGAAGUUUUGAUAUUGAAUGUGCAGCUAUGUGCAAUUUACGCCACCGUAAUCUCAUUAAGAUCAUUAGUUGUUGCUCGAAUGAUGAUUUCAAGUCUCUAAUAAUGGAAUUCAUGUCAACUGGAAGCCUUGAUAGAUGGUUGUACUCUCAUAACUACUGUUUAGAUAUCCUACAAAGGUUGAAUAUAAUGGUUGAUGUGGCAACUGCAUUAGAGUAUCUUCAUCAUGGUAUUUCUACUCCAAUUGUUCAUUGUGACAUAAAACCAAGUAAUGUUUUGUUGGAUGAAGAUAUGGUGGCUCAUCUUAGUGAUUUUGGCAUGGCUAAACUAUUAGGUGAAGGACAGUUGGAAACUCGUACAAAAACAUUAGCUACAGUUGGCUAUAUGGCACCAGAGUAUGGAUCAAAAGGAGUGGUUUCUUUCAAAGGAGAUGUGUAUAGCUAUGGUAUCAUGCUAAUGGAGAUAUUUACAAGGAAGAAGCCAACCGAUGAAAUGUUUGAGGAAGAUCUUGGUUUGAAAGAUUGGGUUAGCAAAUCAACACCACAUUCAAUCAUCAAUAUUCUAGAUGUCAAUUUGCUACCUAAAGGGAAUUCAAAUAUAAACAAUAUAUUAGCACAUAUAUCAUCAAUUUUUGAGUUGGCAUUAAGUUGUUGCACUGAAUUACCUGAAGCACGAAUUAUGAUGACUGAUGUUGUCGUCUCAUUGAAAAAGAUAAGGUCAUAUUUAUGUAAGAUGUUAGAGAUGCAGCACUAGUUAAAUAAUCUUUAUAUGGAAGUUUUAGUCAUUGU